AUCCUGAUCUUUUUCGACCUUGCGCCCACGCCUGUUCCUGAUUCAUAACCUGCAACCCGCUCUUGCAUGGCAGCCUCCUCCGUACAACAAACGGCGGACGUCGUGUCUGGGUCGUCCAAUGGGGCCACUCCGGGCGCGCGCAAGCCGCGAACCGCACGCGCUUGCAACUGCUGCCGGCAGCGACGUGCCAAGUGCGACGGCAAAUUUCCCCUGUGCGCACGAUGCGACAGGCUCAAGAUCCGAUGUAGGUGGCCAGACGAGUAUGCGCAGCUGCAGGAGGAGGAGCAGCGACGGAGGCAGGAGGACGCCGAUCGGAUUCGUUGGCUCGAGAGUGGCCUGUCGCACUUGCUCGAACAGAUCUCCCCCACGACGAGCUAUCCCGCCUCUACCCUUGCUGCGGGGCGUGGCGACAACCAGGACGAUCAGGGAGGGCCGCGGCCACGGCAGCGACGGCGGCUGUCUCCUGCGACUGCGCAAGAGGGCAAUGACCAAAGAGGCACACGGUCGGAUGCCGUGCCAGCGUACUCUGCGCUCAUGGACGGCCAGGACUCAUCAAGUGCAUCGCAAGUUGGUCAAGGGAACGGUUCACUUCGAUUCGAGGGCGUUUUGUCUCGCGCCUUUGCCAGUGGUGCCAGCAGGGCCCUCUUUGGUCCAGUCACUACGUCACAGCAAGAUGCACAGGGCAACAGCAACGCCUAUCGUAUCCAGCAGAUCACCAUCGCCAAAGUUCACGAGGAUCUGUUCGGAGAUCGAAAUGCAGAAGAGUCUUGCGAUAUCAUGUCCACGAGAAGGCCACCACCGACGGUGCCGCGUGCCUUUGAGGCCGCACUCGCCACGAAUCUACGCUCGUAUCAGGGCAGGCAGACGAGUUCCUCGACCGAUGCUUCUUCUCGGCGAGAGGCGAGCGUCGAGGGCUCGCCCCUCUGCGACCAGUUCGAACCCGGCUCGAUGAUGCCCCUCGUCAUUGCCUUUUCCCACGAGAUGGCGUUCUUGCCCCUGGUGGAGCCCGACGAGCUCUGCCACUGGAUCGACGCCGUGUUUGAGAUCGAAGAGACGCUGGGCCAGAGCGCAGUCACCCAUCUCCUCUCGCAGGGCGGGCAAGCCGAGGAAAAACUCGGCCACAUUGUGUUUAUGGUCUACUUUGCCAUGGCGGUGGCCAAUGCCCUCCUCGACGAGGAGCUCUCGUCCUCGUUUGAGCGGCAGCUGGGUGAUUUGCGGAGAGCGAUGCUGCCCCGAGAAGCGAUCUCCGAUGGCCCCCUCUCGCUCGCCACCCUGCAACGCAUGCUCCUGGCCAGUCUCUACUCCCUCUUGUCGCCGCCGGGAACCGCGGACGAGGACCCGCUGCACCUCAUCGAGGAGGCACUGACGGUGGCCAGGCGUCUGGGCAUCGACCGAGAGGCCACGUGCCGGCAGUCAGCGUCGCCCGACAUGGCGCGAAGGAUGUUCUGGGCCGUCUAUGCGCUCGAGCGGCGGAUGACGUUGAAUCUGGGCCUGGCGUCGGACGCUGUCGACGUGCGACUGGCGUCUUCUGCCCUCUUUGAAGAUCCUCUCCCUGCCCUGCCCUAUCGUGGUCGCAGUGCAGGCUUGCACCUUGCCUUGCCUGCCGACCUGCCCGAUGGCCAAUGGCGGGGCGGCGAGGAGGAGGCCGACCUGCCCGAUGGCCAGUGGCGGGGCGGCGAGGAGGAGGUAGACCGGCCCUUUGUCGCGGCGGCAAUGAGCAACGCGGCCUCGUCGCCUGGCACCUUUACCGCACGAGAGUGGCUACCCGACAGCGAACACGUCCGACGGAACCUUGGCUGGGACCGGGACCUGUGUCCGGCCAUGAUCCAUCUGCGGGCGUGGCUGACACAGGCGCAGGAAGCGGCGCAGGCGAGCUACGCGUCUCCCCUGGCAGCUCGCUCGCGCUUCGACGACCUGCGAUGUCGCCUCGAUCUGUGGAGAGUCGAGCUACGGACGCAGACGUGGAGACUGACACCCCGGCAGCAGGUCAUGGUCGAACUCGAGUACCUGGAACACAUUCUCUACGUCUGCACGAUUGCGGCGGCCAUUCCCGAUGCUGCCGGAUCCUCGACUACCCUGCUGCUCCACUUCAGCAGUGCGACCAUACGCAUGGUGGGCCGUCUGCGUCUCCAGUCGGCCAGUCUCAACGCCAUCAUGGUACGGCAGACGGGCAAGGCCGUCUGCCUGCUGGUGUGGGCGCACCGGCAGCUCUGCACUUCCUCUGCCGCUGCUCCGUCCAUGACCUGGAUCGCCGUCAUUUCGGACCUGGAGUGUGCCCGGCGGACCUUUGGGGCGGCCGAGGGGAGCAAUGCGCCCGUGGGUAAGACGUGGGCGGCCGUCGUCGACCAGAUCGUGCGCAUCGUCGUCGAUGGGGUGCCCCAGCGCCAUGCCAAGUACUGCAAGCGAGCGCUCAUCGCCGCCCGCGGGGCGCGCCCCGAGAUGGAGCCCGAGAGUCUUACUUAGUGUCACGAAUUCCGUAGUGUCUUUCCCAAUGUCAUGCCUAGCUGUCCUAGCUGUCCUCGCUUCCCUAGCUGUCCUAGGGUCCUGGCUGUCCUAGGGUCCUAGCUGUCCUAGUUGUCCUAGCUGUCCAGACCUGUCACGCACAGCGUCAUCGUCAUUGUAAUUCGUCACCUAGCCCCU